AUCACAGAGCGCAUGCGCGUCGCGGGGCAUGCCGGGAGCGCGCAGUGGCGGCAGCGGCGGCGACGGCACUCACAGCGGCGGCAACAGCGGGGACGCGAGCGGGGCGGUGACCGUGUGGGAGGUGGUCUCACUCUUGGGGAAGCUGCUGGGCACCGUCGCCGCGCUGAAGGUGGUCCUGUACCUGCUCCGGGUGUGCUUAGCGAUGGCCUGGAAAUCCGGCGGCGCCAGCCACUCGGAGCUGAUCCACAACCUCCGCAAAAAUGGAAUCAUCAAGACAGAUAAAGUAUUUGAAGUAAUGCUGGCUACGGACCGUGCCCACUAUGCAAAAUGUAACCCUUAUAUGGAUUCUCCACAAUCAAUAGGUUUCCAAGCAACAAUCAGUGCUCCACACAUGCAUGCAUAUGCACUAGAACUUCUAUUUGAUCAACUGCAUGAAGGAGCUAAAGCUCUUGAUGUAGGAUCUGGAAGUGGAAUCCUUUCUGCAUGUUUUGCACGUAUGGUUGGAGCUAGUGGAAAAGUCGUAGGAAUUGACCACAUUAAAGAGUUAGUAGACGACUCAAUAAAUAAUGUCAGAAAGGACGAUCCAACACUUUUGUCUUCAGGGAGAGUGCAACUGGUUGUGGGGGAUGGAAGAAUGGGAUAUGCCGAAGAAGCCCCUUAUGAUGCUAUUCACGUAGGCGCUGCAGCCCCCGUUGUGCCCCAGGCACUAAUAGACCAGUUAAAGCCUGGUGGAAGAUUGAUAUUGCCGGUCGGUCCUGCGGGUGGAAAUCAGAUGCUGGAGCAGUACGACAAGCUGCAAGAUGGCAGUGUCAAGAUGAAACCUCUGAUGGGAGUGAUAUACGUGCCUUUAACAGAUAAAGAAAAGCAGUGGUCCAGGUGGAAGUGAUUUUACCUUCUGCUCUUUCUUCUUCCACACAUGCAAGGGACGAACUGUAAAAGCAACAUCAGCUUGACCAGUAUAUAAUAUUACAGUGGAUUGCUCAUCUCAGUCAAAGCUUUUGAAAACCACAGCAUCACAGCUUGUUUUGGACUUUGUUACACUCUUUUUUUCAGCAUGAAAAUGUGUGGUUUUGUAGGGUUUCUAAUUCUUCAAAGAGGCACAAAAGCCAAAUUGGCAGAGAAAGGAUGCAAAGUAUACAUUUUACUUUAAAAUAUUAAGCGAAGGCGUUCUGCAAAAUGGGAAAGUUAGUUUUUUAAUUGAUUUGGAGGAGUGGUUUUUCUUUUCUUAGACACUUAAAUUCUGUUCCAAUAUUAAUUUUUCAGAUUUGCGUUUGUGUAUCAGAUAACAUCACCAUUCACAAGUUAAAAUUCUUUGGUUUUUUUGAUGUCUGUGAGAUGCUACUAAGAAAAUAGAGAUGAGCUCCCUUUUUAAAGCUUUUGAUGUGGUGUCAUAGAAUAGCAUGUUGUAGAUACAAUCAGCUGCUUUGGUACCUUAAAACUAAGCAAUUGUAAAUAUUAAAAUUUAGGAAGGUGCAAAGUGAUGUUCCUUAACACUCAGCAGUUCAGAUUGGACAUAACUGACAUAGUUCUUCAUUUCUCUCUUUAAAAUUAUAUUAGACUUGUAGCUUAGUUUUAUUCCUUCUGUUUCUAACUUGCUGCUGUUAAUGUAUGAAUUUAACAUGCUGUGUAAGCUGUGUCUUACUUACUGAACAGUUUAUGCAGUGCUGCUUUGCCAAAUAAAGUUAAAAGUAAAAGAGGCA